AUGGAUAACAGACCUAUUGAAGAUAUUGUUAAAAAUUUACUAAAGUUUGUAGUUAGAGGGUUUUAUGGUGGUUCUUUUGUUCUUGUAUUAGAUGCAAUUUUAUUCCAUUCUGUCUUGGCAGAAGAAGAUUUAAAACAACUUCUGGGUAUUAAUAAGACAGAUUUAGGUCCAUUGGUUGCAAGAUUGAGAUCCGACGGUUUACUGUCUACACAUAAACAAAGAGAAUAUCCACCUAAUUCCAAAAGUGUGGAAAGAGUUUAUUUUUACAUUAAAUAUCCACAUGCCAUUGAUGCAAUUAAAUGGAAAGUACAUCAAGUGGUUCAAAGAUUAAAAGAUGAUCUUGAUAAGAAUUCGGCUCCAAAUGGUUAUAUGUGUCCGAUCUGUGAAACUAAAUAUACACAAUUAGAAGCUGUUCAGUUAUUAAAUUAUGAUAGAACAGAAUUUUUAUGUUCAUUAUGUGAUGAACCAUUAAUUGAAGAUGAUUCAGGGAAAAAAAAUAAAGAAAAACAAGAUAAAUUAAAUAAAUUAAUGGAUCAAGUUCAACCAAUUAUCGAUUCAUUGAAGAAGAUUGAUGAUUCAAGAAUUGAAGAAAAUACAUUUGAAAUUGCAUUAGCAAGAUUAAUUCCUCCACAAAAUCAAUCUCGUGCCGCAUACACAUAUAAUCCAAAGAAAGGUAGUACAAUGUUUAGACCAGGUGAAUCAAAUUUGGCAAAUAUUAUGGGUACUUCAUUGGGUAAUGAAAGUAGUAGACGAGCAGGUGCUAAUUCCCAAGCUACUUUACAUAUUAAUAUUACAACAGCAAGUGAUGAAGUGGCACAACGUGAAUUACAAGAACGUCAAGCUGAAGAAAAGAGAAAGCAAAACGCUGUUCCAGAAUGGCAUAAACAAAGUACAAUCGGUAAAACUGCAUUAGGUAGAUUAGAUGAAGAUGAAGAAUUCGAUCCAAGAACUACACAACAAGCUGCAAUGUCUUUGGGCCAACCCAUGGGUAGCGAAAGAAAUGAUAUGUAUCAUCAUCGUGUCUUAACUGAAAAAGAAUUAGAAGAAAGAGAUAAUGAAAGAUCACUUAAUGAAUAUUAUGCCUCUUUGGCUAAAAAACAGCAGAAGGCAAGUCAAGAGAAUAUGGAUGAAAAUGAUAUAAACGAUGAAGAUGAUGAUGAAAGUGAAGAAGUACUAAUAGAUUUUGGUGAAACAGCUAAUAAUUUGAAAGAAGAAGAUGAAGAAGAUGAAAUGGCAGAAGCAGAAUUUGAAGAUGAAUUUGAAGAUGUCCUAGAUGAAAAGCAAACUAAUUCACAACAAGUUAUACCAAAAUCAGAAAAUGUGGAAGAAUCUGCAUCUGUAAAUAAUAUUCCAAAACAAAACAAUAAUUCUGAGGAGCAUACUAAUAAUAAUAAUGAUGAUGAUGAUGAUGAUAUGGAUAUUGAAUUCGAAGAUGUUUGA